AUCUACAAUCCACCCAAGCUUCACUCCGCGCCUUACCACUCACCAGCAACCCACCAUUCUCCGCCAUGAAAACGACAAUACCACUUCAACCGUGAGCAACGCCCAAACCGGUCCCGUCCAUCCACACCCACACAUACACAGACACACCCACCCACCAUGUCAUCCCACGCAAUCCACCACGCGCUCCUCCGCCCCUGCGUCCUCCACAUCCUACGCGCCGCCGGCUACCACUCCACGAAACCCUCCGUCCUCGACGCCCUCACCGACAUCGCCGGACGCUACAUGCACCUCCUCGCGACAUCGACGGCGAACCACGCCGCAGCCGACCCGACGGAGCUGGGGAUCUCGAUCGCGGAUGUGCGGCUCGCGAUGCAGGAUUGCGCGGCGAUUGUGCCAGAGAAGGUGUGGGAGGAUCAGGUGUUUGAUGGGGAGGAAGAUGUGAGGGGCGUGGAGGUGUUUGUGGAGUGGGCGAGGGGGGAGGCGAAUAGGGAGAUUAGGAGGGUGGCGUUGGAGGGGGGGGAGGAGGGGGGGGGGGAUUAUUUGAUGGCACUGAAGAAGAAACACGAUAAGGGUGAUGAGGAGAGCAGGUAUACGGGAACGAUUAUCGGGCACGAGGCGGAACCGAGGGCGAUUCCGGUGGAGGGGGGGGAUAUCACGAGUUUGAAGGAGUGGGCGGAUAUACUGCAUAGGAACGCGGCGAAACAGACUGUCAGCUCUGAGGAUACGUCACGGAGGCAGUCGUCGGAACUCAGUUCGGUGGGGGAUGGCGAUCAGGAUAUGGAAGGGAUGGUUUUUUCUUAG